GAGGAAGUUGUGUUUGGUCAGACAGGGGACUCUGGAGCGGCGGGUGGCAGCACAGAGGCCUGGCCAGGUGUCCGCGCCCUGGGAGCCCGAGCAGCCGCUGGCGCCCCGCCCCCUGCAGGCUCGAGUUACCUGCGACCGUGGGCGGAGCGGCCCUUCCCGUCUGCGCCGGCCCCCGGUCUCCAGGGCGGCGGAGCCGGGAAGUGGGAGCGGGAGCAAAGGAGGCGGAGACUGCCCAGGCUCCAGCCCGGCCGGGCUCCGAGGCGAGGGGCUGCAUGGAGUGGCCGGCGCGGUUCUGCGGGCUGUGGGCGCUGCUGCUCUGCGCCGGCGGCGGCGGGGGCGCCGCGCCCACAGAAAUUCAGCCACCUGUGACAAAUUUGAGUGUCUCUGUGGAAAACCUCUGCACAGUAAUAUGGACAUGGAGUCCUCCUGAGGGAGCUAGUCCAAAUUGUAGUCUCAGGUAUUUUAGCCACUUUGGUGACAAACAGGAUAAGCAAAUUGCUCCAGAAACUCAUCGUUCAAAGGAAGUACCCCUAAAUGAGAGGAUCUGUCUGCAAGUGGGGUCCCAGUGUAGCACCAAUGAAAGUGAGAAGCCUAGCAUUUUGGUGGAAAAGUGCAUCUCACCCCCUGAAGGUGACCCUGAAUCUGCUGUGACUGAGCUCCAGUGUGUUUGGCACAACCUGAGCUACAUGAAGUGUUCUUGGCUCCCUGGAAGGAAUACAAGUCCUGACACAAACUAUACUCUUUACUAUUGGCACAGCAGCCUAGGAAAAAUUCUUCAAUGUGAAAACAUCUAUAGAGAAGGCCAACACAUUGCUUGUUCCUUUGAUCUGACUAAAGUGAAGGAUUCCAGUUUUGAACAGCACAGUGUCCAAAUAAUGGUCAAGGAUAAUGCCGGAAAAAUUAGGCCAUCCUUCAAUAUAGUGCCUUUAACUUCCCGUGUGAAACCAGAUCCUCCACAUAUUAAAACUCUCUUCUUCAAAAAUGGUGUCUUAUAUGUACAAUGGAAGAAUCCACCAAAUUUUAUUAGCAGGUGCUUAUCUUAUGAAGUAGAAGUCAAUAACAGCCAAACUGAGACACAUGGUAUUUUCUACGUUGAAGAGGACAAAUGUCAGAAUUCAGAAUUUGAGAGAAACAUGGAGGAUACAAUUUGUUUCAUGGUCCCUGGUGUUCUUCCUGAUACUUUUUACACAGUCAGAAUAAGAGUCAAAACCAAUAAGUUAUGCUAUGAGGAUGACAAACUCUGGAGUAAUUGGAGUCAAGCAAUGAGUAUAGGUAAGGAGCCCAACUCUACAUUCUACAUAACCAUGUUACUCAUCAUUCCAGUCAUCGUUGCAUGUGCAAUCAUAAUCCUUCUGCUUUACCUAAAAAGGCUCAAGAUAAUUAUAUUCCCUCCAAUUCCUGAUCCUGGAAAGAUUUUUAAAGAAAUGUUUGGAGACCAGAAUGAUGAUACCUUGCAUUGGAAGAAGUAUGAUAUCUAUGAGAAGCAAUCCAAAGAAGAAACUGAUUCUGUAGUUCUGAUAGAAAACCUGAAGAAAGCUUCUCAGUGACGGGGAUAAUUUAUUUUUGCCUUCAAUGUGACCUUGUGAAGAGAUUCAUCGCAUUCUCCGUUUGUUAUCUGGGAACUUGUUAAGUGGAAACUGAAACUUAUUGGACCCUUUAAAACCAGGCAGCUCAUAAGAGCCACAGGACUUUGUAUGAGUCAUGCACCGAAAAACGAAAAAUAAUGGGCCCUUUGGAGAAAAGAGUAGAGACAUUCUCAUUGAAUUGUAAAAGCAGACAUCGGUUGAGAAGUCUUCAAACUAGGGGACAAAGCACAAAGUGAUAAUGGCAGUAGAGUUCAUCUUUUCAAGAGUUAUGACAACUUCCUAAGGGAUCUAUUUGCUUUACAGUCUUUGUGUCAAAUAACACCAAGAAAUUUUAUUUGUGAGGGAGCUCAUUUUGGGUAGAGGCUCUAAUGCUAAAUUUGACUCACAGAGAACAUCUAGCAAGCAAAAUUGAUACAACCUGAUACCUACUUAUUGCUUAAGAUUCCAUUGUGUCAUGUUUGUAGCUAUUAAAGCUCUUAACAGUCUGGAGUCAUCAUCCACUUCAAUAGCAUUUUCCUCUGCUUUGAAAGCCCCAGCAAUCAGUGUUGGCCAUGACAAUGACAACUACAGACAAAGCAGAGGCAGCUUCAUUACCAAGACUCUUCCUUGUCAUUGCAGGCUUUGAAGGUCAAUGGAGGCAGAAUGUCUCAUUGGAUAUUAGAGUUGGAACAAAGAAGCCUCUAAUAAUGUAUUUUUUCUUCACUUCUGCUACUGAUAUUAAGUAUUGACUAUGUGUCUGGCUUGUGCUAGGCCCCCAGGUGUGAGGGACAAACUCCUCAAUAGGUUUACAAUCUAGUUGGAACUCCUCCAUUCUUAUCACUUUCUUUAUCUCCCACCAUUCAUUUCUCAGACUUUUCAACUCCCCAGCUCCUAUACUUAUCUCUGCCUUUACUUUCUCCCUCAUUCCCUUCCUUUGUAGCCUUUUGGAUUUUCAUUGGAAAUUAGUGUAUAAAUCUGCUCAGAAUGCCUAGAGGAGCAGGGAUAAUUUGCAUCUCAAGUAAAAUCUGAGUAGACUGAGAAGCAAUGACUAAUUCUUACAUAUUUUGUAACUUCUAUAUGAGUGUGCAAUUGUUUGACACUGUUCAGCAUUUGAUGUUUCUCUAUGCAUUUUCUAAACAGAUUAGGUAUUAUCUUCACUUUAGAGCUUAGCUCUUUUCUCGAGGGAAAAGAAUAGUUGUGUCUGUUUCUCUUUCUUUGCAAGAUGGGUCCUAGGAUUCUUCUUUUUCCCUGCUUUAAAUGGUUAAGUAGAUUUCCUAUGUUAUAUUGAUAGCCAGCCAUCCAGUGUUUCAACUAUAUACUCAUUUUUUGCAUAUGUUAGGGUUCCAUUCUCCCCCAAUCCCACAAAAUAUGCAUAUGCACAUGUACAUAUGCAUAUAUAUAUAUAUAUGUAUAUUCCCUCUAUUCCUCCUACUUCCUCCAAAUUUAAAGAAACAUGGAAAGUGAGAGGUAUCCCCUUGUCUCUCACAUACACAUAGACUCAGAUUGCUUGUAGGAACUUCAGAACUUUAUACCACUAGUUCUUCAAACAUUUACCAUCCAUAUUAGUAAGAGGAUGUUACUUGCCAUUCCUGUUUUUAGGGCAGGGAAGAAACCCCUACUUUCCACAGAUUUUGGCAAAAGUGGCAGCCUGUUUCUGUGGUAGUGGAAGUGUACUGUGCUCUGGCAUCUCAGAAGAAAUGGGGAUGCAUGGCAAUGGUAGAUGUAAAGGUGUGUCUUUCCUGUGCUUUUAUUUUGGAAGUCAAAUUGAGGCUGGGAUACAGGCCUUGUAGAUGUUCCAAUUUGUUCUACUGUUCACUAGAAAGAAUACCUGGGUUUCCUGUGUAGGAAUGAAAUUACUUCUUAGCCAGGAUUUUAGGAUUCUGGGAAGCAAGAACACUUGAAUGCCUAACCCAAAGCCAUUUUUACUGUUAGCCUAUUUUGAUGGCAAUGAGGAGAAUGCUUUGAAAUCCCCAAGAACUACAGAUGCUGACAGUGAUACAGCCUUGAAGCAAGGAAAUCAUAUUUUAUUUCCAUCUUCUUUUAGCAGUGAAAUAGCUGAAGAAGAAGGGGGCAGUAAAUUCUAGGAGUACCUAUGCUCGUUUUAUACAGUUUAAAGUGAUCUGCAGGUUUUGGGAGUUCUUGGAGAUGUCAGUACAUCACCUGUAAGAAAGUAGUAAGUUCAUAUACUAUUUUGUCUAACCUAUAUGGAUUUUUCCCCAUAUACCUAAAUAAACCCACUAGAGGGAGGGUCAUUCUUAUUCGUUCAUUCAGAUAAGUUUUUCUGCAUCUGGGCACUGAAGGGAUAUAAGAAAUAAUGUUAACAUUUUUAGUAAUGUCUUCAACUAGGGGUCUUUUUUUUGUUUAACUUCUUAAGCUUCAGUAAAAUAAAUAAAAUAACUAUCUUUUUGUAUGUCACCUAAAUGUUUUCCUUUGGUCUUAUCUUGGGGAAAGUGUUAUGAGGAGUGGGUGGUGACAAAAUUUAGAGUUAAAAGAGUAAACAUUGUAAAAAAUCCAAGGCAGCUGUUUUAUCUUACGAUCAUUUAUCAUACGCUUACCUGCUGUUCUACUGUAUUUAUGUUUUCUGAUA